CCAAGGCGCGCGCAUUCCACUCCCUCCACUGCAGACGCCCUCGCUGCUUGCUCAAUGUCAGCACUCGCAGCAGACGGCGCUUCUUUGCUGCACACAUAGCGCGCUGGCCCUGCAACACUCCACGCUCAUUACAUAGCAUUCUGUAUAAGCUACAGCCGCGACGCACUCCAUCUGCAAUUGCUCGCCUGACAUCUGCCGACUGCCGUCUUGACCUCCGCCUUGCAUACACAAUCGAUUUGGCCAUAUCGACGUGAGCAGCCCCUUUGCGAAACACCGCCGAAUCGAGCCACGUCCGCGCGACAACACCACAACACCACAACACCACCCUCGCCGCAUCACCGGCCACCACUCGCAUCGCCGACCACCCCACCAUGCCAUCCCAACGCCGCGUGCGCCUCUUCGGCGUGCUCCUCCUCGUCACCCUCCUCGCCAUCAUCUACACCACGCGCUCCGGCGCCUCCACACACGCCUCGGACUUCUACACGAAAACACAGGAAGCACUGCAGCAGCACGAGUUCGCGGCGGCCGCCAAGCAGCGCGACGCCGACAGCGUGGGCACGCGGCUCAAGGCCGCCGAAGACGCCGCCAAGGCCGCCGCGUCGGCGAAGAGCGCAGACUUCCACAAGGCGGUCGCGGGCGAGAAAUCCGUCGCCGGGCGUGUGAAGCUCGAGGACAAGGACAAGCCGGUGCCGGGCGUGGCGGCGCAGGGCGGGCGGCCGCGCGACCAGGUGAAAGUCGAGGAUGCCGAGGACCGCGAGGUCGAGCUGGAGCUCAAUGCGAUUCUGAAGAAGAGCCCGGUAAUCAUCUUCUCCAAAUCCUACUGCCCCUUCUCCAAGCGCGCAAAACAUAUCCUCCUCUCCGCAUACACCAUCACGCCCGCGCCCUACGUCGUCGAGCUGGACGAGCACCCGCUGGGCGCGCGCCUGCAGGACACGCUGGCGGCCAUGACGGGGCGCCGCACCGUGCCCAACGUGCUGGUGCAGGGCAAGAGCAUCGGCGGCGGCGACGACGUGCAGGAACUGGACGACGGGGACAAGCUGGUCGACACGAUUAAGAGUCUGGGCGGGUCGCGGAUCGUGGAUGUGGUGCGUGUGGGGGCUAGGGAGAAGAGUGGGGAGGCGAUGCGGAGGAAGAGGGCGUAGGGUGUUGGUUGGUUGGUGUAGCUUCUUUGCGGGGGUUGUUAGGCUUUGGCCGUGCUGGAUAUUGACGUUUGCAUGGGUGGUGAGGUGUGCACAGGCAUGGAUAUACCCUUGAUAGUUGACAGAAUGAGCAUCGCUGACACGCACGUAGAGUCGGUGUGUAAUCUGCAUUUCCUA